AUGCCCACACUGCCGUGCCCAUGCCAUGUCAUAUGCUACCAACUCACUUGCUCGUGCCGGCCAAAUUCCACCCACUGCUUACACAUUCUUCGUACUGCAUUGUACCUCAAUCCACCUUCCGGCCAUUCGUUUGGCCUUUCCCCUUCUGCUCUCUGCCCUCUCUUCCCUCUCUCCCUUCUCUCCCCUCUCUUCCCUCUCUCCCUUCUCUCCCCUCUCUCCCCUCUCUCUCUCCUCCCUAAAUCCCUCCUCCCUCACCCAACAGGUGUGUCAGUACUAUGUCGCAUCAGUCAUGCCUGUCUAGAUAACACCUGCCCCAUACCGUACCCUCUCUCUUCCACCGACAUACCCCUGUACCACUCCAUCCUCAUGAUUGACGACACCUGCCAGGCGCUAACGAGGUACCACUCCAUCCUCCUCAUGACCGACAUAUGCCAGGCGCAAGCUCCUCACCUCCGAGGUAUUCCCUUCACUGCUACCUGUUUGCUUUACCUUCUGACUCUGCAGCUCUUGACCCACCUGUUUCUCUCUCUCCCUCUCUCCACCCUCCUUGUGAUCCACACAUGCCAGGCGCAAACCCCUUACUCCAAGGUAAAGCUGGUGUCGCUGGCGGGGGAGAGCGAGUAUGCAUCAUCGCUUGCAUCAGGGCGGGUGACAGCGAUAGUGGGCAAGGACCCCUACAUUUGA